AUGGCAGGCUCCGCGGUUCGGAGACUAAUGGCUGAAUAUAAACAGCUUACUCUAAAUCCACCUGAAGGAAUUAUAGCUGGACCGGUAAAUGAAGAAAAUUUUUUUGAAUGGGAAGCUUUAAUAACAGGACCCGAAGGAACAUGUUUUGAAGGAGGAGUUUUUCCUGCCAAAUUAACUUUCCCCCCUGACUAUCCUCUUAGUCCACCUAAAAUGCAAUUCACUUGUGAAAUGUUUCAUCCGAAUAUUUAUGCUGAUGGUAGGGUUUGUAUUUCGAUUCUUCAUGCUCCGGGUGAUGAUCCUAUGGGUUAUGAAUCCAGUGCUGAAAGGUGGAGUCCUGUUCAAAGCGUAGAAAAAAUACUACUCUCAGUAGUUAGCAUGCUGGCUGAGCCUAACGAUGAAAGCGGAGCAAAUGUCGAUGCUGCAAAAAUGUGGAGAGAAAACAGGGAAGAAUUUAAUAGAAAAGCUGAAAGAUUGGUACGCAAAACCUUAGGUAUUCCAAUGACUCCAUAA